AGAGCUUAAAGGCAGUGUGGAGUGGGAGGAUGCUGAGAGCUCACUGCGGGAGAAAACUUCACAGCCCUCUGCAUGUGCCUCAUGCCCAGAGGAAGCUGAUGUCCAACAGCAGCUCCAUCACUGAGUUCCUCCUCCUGGCAUUUGCAGACACUCGACAGCUGCAGCUCUUGCACUUCUGGCUCUUCCUGGGCAUCUACCUGGCUGCCCUCCUGGGAAAUGGCCUCAUCAUCACCACCGUAACGUGCGACCACCACCUCCACACCCCCAUGUACUUCUUCUUCCUGAACCUCUCCCUCCUCGACCUGGGCUCCAUCUCCACCACUGUUCCCCAAUCCAUGGCCAAUUCCCUGUGGGACAGCAGGGCCAUCUCCUACUCGGGAUGUGCUGCACAGGUCUUUUACUUUCUGUUCUUUGUCACAGUGGACUAUUGCGUCCUCACCAUCAUGGCCUACGACCGCUACAUUGCCAUCUGCAAACCCCUGCACUACGGGACCCUCCUGGGCAGCAGAGCUUGUGUCCACAUGGCAGCAGCUGCCUGGGGCAGUGGGUUUCUCUAUGCUGUGCUGCACACGGCCAAUACAUUUUCACUACCACUCUGCCAAGGCAAUGCUGUGGGCCAGUUCUUCUGUGAAAUCCCCCACAUCCUCAAGCUCUCCUGCUCACGCUCCUACCUCAGGGAAGUUGGGCUUCUUGUGCUUAGUGCCUGUUUGGCAUUUGGUUGUUUUGUCUUCAUUCUUUUCUCCUAUGGGCAGAUCUUCAGGGCCGUGCUGAGGAUCCCCUCUGAGCAGGGACGGCACAAAGCCUUUUCCACGUGCAUCCCUCACCUGGCCGUGGUCUCCCUGUUUGUCAGCACUGGCACGUUUGCCUACCUGAAGCCCCCAUCCCUCAGCUCCCCAGUUCUAGACCUGGUGGUGGCAGUUCUGUACUCGGUGGUGCCUCCAGCAGUGAACCCCCUCCUCUACAGCAUGAGGAACCAGGAGCUCAAGGAUGCCCUGCAGAAAUUGAUGAGACGGUGCUUUUCAGAAGCAAUAAACUGCCUGGUUUUUUCUACAGAGCAUACAUAA